CGUGACGUUAUCGUGACUCAAUGGUCAACUAAGGGAGGUAACCGGUCAUACGAUCUGCGCAUGCGCAAAUACCAUAUUGCAUUGUGGAAAGAAAACACACUUACAUUUCAUUGACAUUUUAUCACAAUCAUGGCUUUGAAGAGAAUAAAUAAGGAACUGCAGGAUCUUGGUCGUGACCCUCCAGCCCAGUGUUCAGCGGGACCAGUCGGGGAUGAUUUAUUCCAUUGGCAAGCAACUAUCAUGGGACCUCCUGAGAGUCCUUAUCAGAACGGAGUGUUUUUCCUGACUAUACACUUUCCAACCGAUUACCCCUUCAAACCUCCUAAGGUUGCAUUCACUACCCGGAUCUAUCAUCCAAACAUCAACAGCAACGGCAGCAUCUGCUUGGACAUCCUGAGGACACAGUGGUCGCCAGCUCUCACCAUCUCCAAAGUCCUGCUUUCCAUUUGCUCACUGCUGACAGACCCCAACCCAGACGAUCCACUUGUACCCGAGAUAGCCAGAAUUUAUAAAAACAAUAAAAUCAAGUAUACAGAGACAGCUCGAGAGUGGACCCAAAAGUACGCAGUCUGACGUGAAUGCUCCACAUCCAAACACAAAACACUCCGUGCCGGUUUUAUUUUUUGAUUCAACACAUUCACUCACUAGUACACUAUUUCCAUCGGUAAGUUCCUGUACUGGGAUCUGUUCUUAGCAUGAUCAAACAAACAAUGUUGCUAUUUCCUUGAUGUCUGGCAUGGUUAGACCAUGCUCAUGGACUGGAGCUGUAAAGUUGGUAGUUGUUUUUUUUUAUUGCUGCAUCUACAUAAACGUGCUGCUAGCUCACUCGGGCCCAGAUAACUGGGGUUAUGUCUUCACAGUUUGUCUAUCAUGCAUUCUGUCAUUUUCCUGAAAGAUGCUGUGUGCCAAAGAUUGUAGUUUAUUAUGAACUGUUUUCCUCUUUGAAUUUGUUUUAUGAUCUGAAAGUGCUACGACGGUGAACACAAUGAAAAUUAAAUGGCCAUGGUAAAUAAGCGCUGUGGGUAAACUUCAAACCAAUUACAAAAUGCAUAAUUGUUGUUUUUCUGACAUAUUGUGGGCACAGCUUUCCUGCUUAAACAUUUGUUCCUGAUAUUUUUGUUUCUAAUGCUUGAUAUAUAAAAUGUAUGUAGGGUGUACUGAAAUGAUAUUUUUGAUAUUUACUGUAUGGAAUAUAUUACAUAGAUUCCCCUGUGAGCUGCAGUGUUCCAAAGUUUCAUAUAUCUGUUAGAAAACAAAUGGUAGAGAAAAUGUCAUUUUGUUUAUGCCACUUUCAACUGUUUCAAGUCUCAUCCCAAGAUUUUCUUCAUUUCUUGUGACAGUUUGUAAAAAUAUUUUGUAUAUAUCAUAAAUCACCGAUUUAAUGAAA